CCCGCGUUAUAUGUACCACAUGCCAUCUAGUUAGAACUGUAACUAAUACAUUUUAAAGAUAACUCCGUGAGAUUUCCUCGACUAAGUAUAUAAACAAACCACGAUAAGUAGAACGUCGAUAACCCUUUGAUCGAUUUGACGCCAUGUUGAAUUUUUGUUUUAUUAUCUUUACUUUAUCGAUGAUUGUAACUCAAAUUGAAUCAUUGGAUUCAGAGUUAUGUAAGUUACCUGUGAAAGAAAGGCACUGCGUCAUAGAAUACGCUGCAAGAGAAAGAUGGGCACAUACUGAGCGUUACUCGUACGAUUGGGACCAAAAAAAAUGUAUUCUAAUAAGAUGGGCGGAACACUGCGGCGAAGCUCCUGCCGGCACCAACAACUUUGCCAGCGACAGCGAAUGCAGUAACGAAUGUGGAGGAUGGGCUUAAUAA